AUGGGUUCAGGACAGUCACAGGUCUCUCCUACACCACAGGUCAUUCCAUCGGAAUGUCCGAAACACGUGGAAAAUAAAAAUGUAUCUACAUCAGAGUCUGAUAGGAUAAAACACGCUCGAAGGGCAAUGGCUGCUGCUGGUGGUGAUCAAUGUCCGAACUCUGCUGGAAAGGCAGCACAGCUGAACCAAACAUCAAGUGAAGGAUGUGGAGGCUGUCCUAUUGCCGCAGAUUCAGUGAAUCCAUUAAAUAAUGAACUGGAACAUCCAAAUCAAAAGCCGGCACCCGAUCAGCCAUUUCCACUUCCUCUAACGCGCGAGAAAUCUACAAUACCUAAGGCCGGUACUAGCGACACAUGGACUUAUCCAAGUCCGCAAAUGUUCUGGAAUGCAAUGCUUAAAAAGGGUUGGCGUUGGCAAGAAGACCAGCUUUCCGAGAAAGACAUGGAAAACAUCAUUCGCAUCCACAAUGCCAACAAUGAAGAAGCUUGGCGUGAAGUUUUGAAGUGGGAGAAUCUGCUACAUCCUGAGUGUGCUGAACCGAAACUGAAGAGUUUCAAAGGGGAUGCCAAAAAGAUCACUCCUCGGGCUCGAUUCCGCAACAUUUUUCUGGGAUAUGAUCUGCCGUUUGACCGUCAUGACUGGGUAGUGGACAGAUGUGGACUUAAAGAGGUACAAUACGUGAUUGACUAUUACGAUGGAGGCUCUGUGGAUCCACGUUCCAAGCUCUUCACAAUCCUUGAUGUUCGACCGGCGAUAAAUGAUUUGGGAAAUAUCUGGGAUCGAAUGGUUAAGAGGAUGCUCAUGUCCAACAUUAAGCUGAAAAGGACUUUCGGUACUCGUUCUUCGACAUCGUUUUUUGCUUCCGCAUUGAAUGCAUGUUUAUAUCGCUUAGCUCACACAUUUGGUUGA